GAGAACCCAAAGAGGCCUCGAGAGGAGUGAGGAGCGGUACUCACACGGGCCACCCACCCUGCUCCAGGGAGCUGCUGCUUUUUACUACCAAAGAGAGGACCAUAAUGCUGGGUCCUCACUUCCCACCCCCAACCCUUGGACCCAGUGAGGGGAGGCCUGCCCCUUGCACCUUCCAGAUCCCGGAUGGGAGCUACAGGUGCCUGGCUCUGGAAGCUGAGGAGAGCAGCAGUGAAGACGGCCAGCAGGGAGAGGUGAGGCUUGCGGACCUGGAAGAAGAUGUGGUCAGCAGACACAGAGCCAGCCACGGCACGCCACAGCUAGCCAGAGCCUCAGACGUAAUCCAGCCAUCCAGCUGUUCCAGGGAGGCACGAGAUGAGUUCCAGCACGGUGACAGGACCAGCCAUGACUGGGAUGUGGUACAGGCUCGGAAAGUGAUGACAGUCAGUGGCAGCACCAGCCCUGGGUCCAGGGUGGCCCAGAAACCAGCCUUAGGCCGGAGCACUAGCUUCACUGAAAAGGAUCUGAAGGAGGCCAAGGCGUGGAGCCAGCAGAUUGCAGCCCAGCUGACCACCCCUCCCAGCUCCAACUCCCGAGGGGUCCAGCUCUUCAACAGGCGCAGGCAGAGGGUGAACGAGUUCACCUUGGAGAGCCGUGGCCAGAAGCCACCAAAGCACAAUCAAGAGGCCCUUCCAGCAGGGCAACCUUCGAACCCCACAGGCCAUGCCCCAGGGCUCAGUCUGAGACCUCCAUCUCCACCCAAGCCAGGCUCUCUAAAGCAUCCCAGCCCCCGAAGCCCCAGCAGAGGGGUCCCUGGCCACAUCAUGGAAGGCUACUCGGAGGAAGCCAGUCUCCUGCGGCAUCUGGAGAAGGUUGCCAGCGAGGAAGAAGAAGUACCACUGGUGGUUUAUUUAAAGGAGAAUGCAGCCCUGCUAACGGCUAAUGGGCUGCACCUGUCCCAGAGCCGGGAGCCCGAACAGUCAUCACCAAACCAUCCAACAACAGAGGCACACAGUCCAGCUGCAGACAUCAACCAGAACCUCUCCUCGCCCAAUGCCACACUUACCACACCAGCGUCCAACAGCCACCACAACCAGCCCACCACCGAUGUGAAUCAGAAUCCUCCAGCCGCUGUCACCCCUGUCCAACAGAAUUCAUCUGAGGCUCAGUGUCCCCCAAAUGGCACACCCGAUUCCAAGCCCAGCACUCCGUGUGCCGAUGGGCAGCCCCAGGGGCCAGCAGGGGAGGUGAGAUCCAGCAUUCUGCUGAUUGAUAAGGUGUCAGCUCCAUCCCCUGCCACCAGCACCUUCUCUAGAGAGGUCACUCCCCUCUCCAGUUCUGGGCCACCAGCAGCAGAUCUCAUGUCCAGCUCCCUGCUCGUUGACAUGCAGCCUAGCAACCUAGUGGCGUCUGCAGAGCAAGAGAUGUCCGGACAUGCAGCUGUCACCACACCCACCAAGGUGUACAGCGAAGUGCAUCUCACGCUAGCCAAGCCCGCAUCGGUGGUCAACAGGACGGCCCGGCCUUUUGGGAUCCAGUCACCAGGGAGUACCAGCCAGGUGGAACACAGCCCCAUGAUGGGAAGACGACAUUUUGGAGAGAAAGCCUGGGCUCCCCCGACUACCACCAUGGUGGACAGAAGUCCCCAGCCUCAAAGGCACAUGAUGUCCCGCAGCCCCAUGGUAGAAAGGAGGCUGGUUGGGCAGCGAAGCCCAGUCUUGGAGAGACGUCCCUUAGGAAGCUUCACCCCACCCCCCACCUAUGCCGAGACUUUGUCAACAGCCCCAGUGGCUUCCCGGGUUAGGUCUCCUCCUUCUUAUUCUACUCUGUACCCCAGCUCUGACCCCAAGCCACCUCAUCUGAAGAGCCAGGUAGCCCCUGCCAACAAGACAGGCAUUUUGGAAGAGUCUAUGGCCCGCCGAGGCAGCCGGAAAUCAAUGUUUACUUUCGUGGAGAAGCCCAAGGUGACCCCGAAUCCAGACUUGCUGGACCUAGUGCAGACAGCUGAUGAGAAGCGGAGGCAGAGAGACCAUGGGGAGGUGGGCAUGGAAGAUGAGCCCUUCGCCCUGGGAGCUGAGGCCUCCAAUUUCCAGCAGGAACCAGUAGCUCGGGACAGGGCCAGCCCUGCGGCCACUGAGGAGACCGUCCCCGAGUGGGCCUCCUGCCUCAAGUCACCCCGUAUUAAGGCUAAGCCGAAGCCCACACCCAACCAGAACCUCUCAGAGGCCUCAGGGAAGGGAGCUGAGCUCUAUGCCCGCCGCCAGUCGCGGAUGGAGAAAUACGUCAUAGAGUCUGCAGGCCACACUGAAUUGGCCCGCUGCCCUUCACCUACUAUGUCCCUGCCGUCAUCCUGGAAGUACUCCACUAAUGCCCCUGGGGGCUUCCGAGUGGCAUCCCUAAGCCCAGCGCGGACUCCGCCUGCCUCUCUCUACCACGGCUAUCUGCCAGAGAAUGGGGUCCUGCGCCCAGAACCUACUAAGCAGCAGCCAUACCAGAUGAGGCCUUCACUCUACGCUCUGUCUCCCGUCAAGGAACCUGCCAAGACCUCAUCCCGCUCCACCUCACCACGCACGCCGUCCCGCACUGUCUCACCUCGUGCCGCCUCUCCGGCCAAGCCUAGCUCCCUGGACCUGGUGCCCAACCUGCCUAGGGCAGGCCUGCCACCAUCUCCUGCUCUGCCUCGGGCUUCCCGCUCCUCCCCAGGCCUCUACACUGUCCCUGUCCAGGACAGCCUCCAGCCCACUGCCGUGAGCCCCACCUACAGCAGUGACAUCUCGCCCGUGUCUCCCUCCAGGGCGUGGUCUCCCCGAGCCAAGCAGGCUCCCAGGCCUUCCUUCUCCACCCGGAAUGCUGGAAUUGAGGCCCAGGACCGCCCCGAGAGCCUGCCCACGUCCCCGCCCUGGACGCCGGGAGCUUCCCGGCCCCCCAGCAGCCUGGACGGCUGGGUGAGCCCGGGGCCGUGGGAGCCGGGUCACCGGAGCAGCAUGAGCAGCCCCCCGCCGCUGCCGCCGCCACCGCCAAUGUCCCCCUCGUGGAGCGAGCGCUCGGUCUCCCCGCUGCGACCGGAGGCCGAAGCGCGGCCUCCGAGCCGCCAGCUGCAGGCGCUUCUGGCGCGCAACAUCAUCAACGCGGCCCGGCGCAAGAGCGCCUCCCCGCGGCCAGCGGCCGCCGAGCCCCUGCGGCCCUUUUCCCCGCCGCGGGGGGCGCCGCCGCGCAUGCGCUCUCCGCAGCCGGCGCGCCCCGCAGGUGCCUUCCGCGGAGCCUCCUUCGCCCCCAUCCCGCGGAGCCCGCUGCCGGUCGGGCCUCCGUCCUGCGCUAGUCCCCAGAGUCCUCAGGUCACACCGUCCAGGCCUUUUCCCUACCGCCGCUCGCCCACAGACUCCGACGUGUCCCUCGACUCUGAGGACUCCGGGCUAAAGUCGCCUGGCAUCCUCGGCUACAAUAUCUGUCCUCGAGGCUGGAAUGGCAGCCUGAGGUUCAAGCGUGGUAGUCUCCCCACCGAGGCCUCCUGCACCACCUAAAGUUUCCCACCCUGGAAGGGCUGAGCCCAAAGAGGCACCAAGCUUGGGGAACCCCAGCACCGGGACCCCAAAGGGUCUGACCUCAUUGGACAGCUCCAGAGAAGAGUCAGAGAAGGAGAGCUCUGGGCCUGGGGGCCAGGUAGCUAGUCACUCAAACUUGGGUUCUAGCCCUUGGCUCUGCCAUUCAUUCGUGUGACCCUGAGCCAGAGCCUCCUGUCUCUGACCCUCAGCUCUGGCCGCUGCAGUCUCCAGACAUCUUCCCCUUCUAUCCACACACUUGUGCCUUGGAGAAGGCAGCCAUGCCCCCAACCCUUGGGCCUGCAGCAUGCUCCUUCUUCACUCCGUUCUCCAGCAGCCUGCCAAAGUAUGGUGUUGAAAAGAACCUAGGUCGUGACCCAUGCCCAGGCCCUGGCUUGACCACCGGCUCCUGGCACCAAGUUCUAGGCAGGAGCAACUGUUUUCCAUUCCUUCUCAGACUAGCCCUAUUUUUAUCUGGUGACCUUUAGCGAGAUCUCCCAGGCAAGCUCAAGGUGCCCUGUUGGGCCCCUCUGGGGAGAAGGAGCUGGAAGAGUCUCCCCAAGCUCUGCCCUGCUGCCUUUGUUGCCCCAGCUUAGGGUGUCCAGGGUCUCCUUAUGGCCAGGGCAGAACAGUGUGCGAAGGGCUGAGUUCCCUGGGGCUAUGGAUCUCAGGAGCCCCAGACCUCUGCCCUUCUGGGCCUGGUCAUGGGAAAUCUGGGGUUUUUCAAAGCUGAGGAGAGAAGAGAUGACAGCCUUAUAUGGCUGCCCCCAACCUGGCCUUACCUAUUUGGAAAGAGGUCCUCGUUGCAGAAUUGUAAGCCAUGGCCAGGAUGCAUAGAAGGGACUCCGGUAUUGGGGGGAGGGGACUCCUGACCUUGUCGAGGGGCCAUACCAGUAUGGGCCUGUGCUUCUGGCCACCAAGUAAACGCCUCCCUUUCCUUUCAGGCCUCGGCCCGGAAGAGUGGGCACUGCUAUAUGCAUUUUCUUCACGUCUCACUCAGGCCUAGCUUGUGCCUAGACCCAGUGGCCUUGAGGAGCUGGUCCCCUAAACUGCAGUCGCUCUGAUUCCAGUCCCCAAGAAUGAAACUGGGAAGGAAGUGACUGAGUUUUGGGGUUUUCAUUGUUGGCUGAUGAUACCCGUUGAGGUUCAAAAUAUCAGCUUCAGAAUUCAGAACCUGGGGGUGCAGGUGCUGUAGUUCAAUGAGGUGCAAAUAUACGUAGGUGAAACAAAACACGAGGAUGUUGUUAAAGGCAAGGGAUGAUGGAUUUGAAGUAAUUAAUAGAUUUACCCACACAUCAGGAUGAUCUAGAACUCCCUAGAGGAAGCUAGGGAUCAGGGUGGAAUAAAGUCAAGGUUGGGAUGGAGUACUUUGGGAUAAAGGAGAGGUUCGUAAUACCCAUAGUUGGGAACCUGUCUCCACUGGGAAGAUGAGAGUGUACUCAGCUUAGUCAAUAAAUGAAUACAUUUACCAAAGCUCCUACCUGCUGCAGCAUCCCUUGUAGCUAAGGAGUCCCAGGCUAGGGAUGCCUCCCAGAGAAGACAUUAUUAGACAUCCAGCUGAUGCUGUGGCAUAGAUCAGUUUCUACCUGCAUUUCCUCAGAAAACCAGCAGGAGGCAGCUUUGAGAAACUACAGUUCUGUUUCUGCUGUUCUGCCAUGGUGACUGCCUUCUCCCUUUAUGGUCUCUAACACACUAGAGCUUGCCUGUAUCCUGCCUCAUGCCUCUUGUAGAAUU